AUGUCCUUUCCUAUCUUCAACGAGGCUACAACCUCAUUUAUCGUCCCACUUUGUCUACUUUCGAUCAACCUGGUUGAUUACCUGUACUCUGGUGACGAUAGGCUGACUGGUAUCAAUUGCGUUUUGAGCAUCUAUCUACUCGCUUCCUACUUCAACAAGGAUAGCCCUUCACAACCUAUCAUCGAUGGCGAUGUUAAAUCUCCUCAGACCUUGGAUACAGGAAAGCAAACAAAGCAAGCACAAAAGAAAGCUCAUUAUUUCUGCUUAGGUGACGGAUGCUCUGAGAACAUCUAUGACCGGCCAUGUACCCCAUUCUCUGGAAAGAGUGGACCAGGUGGUUCAAUCACAUAUCGUUACGAGGGAUGGGGUUAUUGCAACGCCGAGGCCGAGCGAGGUGCCAUCAUCAAUGCAGUUAUUCAACACAUCAGCGAGCAUGGAUCCAAACUUACCAGCACCGAGUGCCUGAAACUUAGCGGACGCGAUUUAUCCUACAGCUAUCUUGUCAUCGGACCGACCGACAACUUUGAUUUUGAAAUGGACUGUGGACCCAAACCAGAUUGGAGCACUCUUAAUCAGCUAAACUAG